AUGGACUUCAAAGGAGAGUUUAAAGGAUGGCUCCUCGAAGAGGCUGAUAUUGCCACGAAAAAGGGAUCUAAGGCUGCCUUGCUUUACAAUAAAGCGGUAGAUUCUAUAGAUCAAGUCGAUGCGAUUAGUGAUUUGCAAGCAUUGAAAAGCGUGAAGUACAUUGGAGAAAGAACGUUAAAGUUAUUGUUGAAUAAAUUGAAAUCACAUUGUGAGAGUCAAGGCGUCGAAUUUCCUAAGGAUUUUGAAACAGUAAGCAAAAAGAGAACUGCUGAUACAGCAGAAGGUGACGACGAAUCGCACACUUGUGUGAGCAAACCCAUCAAGAAGCGAAAGAAAAGAAUAUACGUUCCAGCUAAAAGAUCUGGUGGAUAUUCGAUCCUUAUUGCAUUAUAUACUCAAGAUUUCAAUAGAGAUGGACUUACUCAGGAUGAGGUGAUAAAACAUGCUACUCCAUUUUGCGAUAAGUCAUUUAAAUCGAAUCCCGCUUCGAACCAAUUCUAUUCAGCUUGGAGCUCGGUGAAGCAGUUGGAAAAGCAUGACUUAGUCAAAUGCACCGGUAGGCCAAAGAGGUACUAUUUAACAGAUGAAGGACUAGAAUUAGCAACUAAAUUAAAAGUAGGCGAAGGGAUCGAAUCCCCGCAAGCUUCCAAGAUUGUAAAUCGAGAAGAAACUGGAUUUACAGAAGGAGAAAUUGAUAACUCGACAGCUGAUUCGUACGCCGGGGUUAACUAUACAACCUGGAAUUCAGGCUCGUAUGAGAUUGUCUUAAUCAUUGACACGAGAGAAGUGAGAUCGCAAAGUGAAAGAGAUUUCUUUCAAAAGACUCUCUCAAGCUCUGGUAUCAAAUGUGAGGUGCUUCCAUUAUCUGUGGGCGAUGGACUUUGGAUCGCAAGAAAUCAUGUUACCGGUGAAGAAGUCGUGUUGAAUAAUAUCUUUGAAAGAAAGAGAAUUGAUGAUUUAGCAUUUUCCAUAAGAGAUGGUAGAUUUCAGGAACAAAAGAAUAGACUAAAGAUGGCUGCCAUGAAGAAUAAUUACUACAUAGUUGAGGAAGGAGGAUUUGAUCAAAUGGGCGUAUCUGUGUCUGGAGAAGCAUUGCAAACUGCAAUUUCAAUGACCAUCACAUCUUCAGACUUUUAUUUGAAAAAAUUGAAAACCAUAGAAGACACCGUUUCGUUCUUGAAGUGUUUAACUGAGGUUCUCAUUGAAGACUUCAUUGAGAAGCGAACGUUGAUUGUUUUAAAGCCUAGUAGUCUUAAAAAUCAAUAUGAGUACGAACUGGUCAUCUCGAUGUUCAGGGAUAGAUUUGAAAAAACAACCCAACAAACAAUGCUGCAUGAAUCUAACUCAUCUACUUUUGAAUGUGUGUACCCAUUUGAGACAUUCAAAGUGAUGAUGGCCAAGUCUAUGACCACAGUCAAGGAGACGUUUAUACAGAUGCUAUUGUGUGUACGAGGCGUAUCUAUUGAUAAAGCGUACACCAUUCAGAAGCAGUUUGGAACUCCGAAGAAUUUUCUAGACUACUUCAAGCGGAAGGAAGAAGAGAACUUGGAACUCAAAGAAAAGAAGCUAUUAAUGAGCAAUUUGUUUAAACAUCACAUAGGCAACAAAAAAAUUGGCCCCUCGUUAUCAGAGAAAAUCUAUGAGAUCUGGGGCGAUAUUGAAGGUAGUGAUAAGGGUUGA